AAAAGCAUGGAGAGUGGGAAGCUCUUGGAUCCCCCGUCAGACACAAGCAGCACUCUGAAAAACCACCAAGGAACCCAUGAAUGCUCAGAGUGUGGGAAAGCCUUUGCUCGCUGGUCCCUCCUUUUGACCCACUGGAAGGUCCAUGUGGGAAGCGGAUCCAGUCAAGAAUUGGAGGGUGAGAAAUCCUUUUUUGGAAAAGGUGCCAAAGAUCUCAGAAACCCCCCCAGAUUAAAACCCCAUAAAUGUGAGGAAUGUGAUUUAUGCUUUGGUCAAAAGUCAAACCUUCUUAGGCAUCAGAAAAUCCACACCGGAGAGAAACCUUAUCAAUGUCUGGAAUGUGGGAAAUGUUUCCGUGAAAAAACCUAUCUCAGAGACCACGAGAGAAUUCACACAGGGGAGAAACCUUACGAGUGUUGGGAAUGUGGGAAGAGCUUUCCUCGGAAGUCAGAUCUUUGGCACCAUGAGAAGAUUCAUACAGGAAUAAAAUCUUACAAAUGCUUUGAGUGUGGAAAAUGUUUCACCGACAAUUCAACUCUUCGGAAGCAUUUGAAAACACACAGAGGGGAGAAAAACGAAAAGUGCCCUGAAUGUGGGAAAUGUUUUGCCUUGAAAUCACACCUGGUGCAACAUCAGAGACGUCACACGGGAGAGAGACCCCAUGAAUGCCCAGAAUGUGAGAAACGAUUUAUGUAUUCUUCUGAACUUCAGAGACACCAGAAGAGUCACAAAGAGGAGAAACCCUAUCAAUGUGGGGAGUGUGGGAAAGGUUUUGUUACUCAAACAGCGUUUCAGGUUCAUGAGAGAACCCACACGGGGGAGAAACCGUUCAAAUGUGGGGAGUGUGGGAAAUGCUUUACCCAAAAACACCACCUUGCAACACACCAGAGGCUCCACACAGGAGAGAAGCCAUACAAAUGCCCAGAAUGUGGGAAAUCUUUUGCUUAUAAGGAUGUACUUUGGAAACAUCAUAAAACCCACACAGGGGAGAAGCCCUAUGAAUGCAAUGAAUGUGGAAGAUUUUAUCGUACCACAUCAGCCCUUUGGAGACAUGUGAAAAUUCACACAGAGGAAAAAAACUACAAAUGUUUAGACUGUGGGAGAGCUUUUGUUCUUUCAUCUCACCUUAAACGUCACAGCCGAAUGCAUACAGGAGAGAAGCCCCAUAAAUGCUCGGAGUGCAAUAAAUAUUUUUCUCACAAACAAACUCUUGUGAGACAUCAGAGAAUCCACACUGGAGAAAAACCAUAUAAAUGUCUGGAGUGUGGGAAAUGUUUUGCCCAGUCUUCAUCACUUCACAAGCACACCAGAAAUCACACAGGAGGGUGGCCUUACGAGUGUGCAGAAAAUGAGAAACCUUUUCAGUGUAAAUCGAAGCUAAAAAUACAUCAGGAAGUCCAUAACGGAGAUAUAUCUCUUCUGUCAUAA